AUUAUUUUUCCUAUUGGAGAUGAGAUUUCUUUAGUACGUCAUGUUGUCGGCCACUAUGUUGAGUGGCCAUCUCAUCUGAUCAUUCCUUACGAUUCAGAUUUGCUACCUAAGAAGACAAAGAAGCAAAAAAGGAAUGGUUCACCAAUACCUAAUGCCCCAAUGACACAAGAGAAGUCUCAUCCUUCCCAAAAACUUCCUAGUCAAAAUGAAGUAGUGUCAAUUAAAGCUAGUGCCCCGAUACUCUUCAAGAUUCCUAGUGGGGUUCCUCGCUUUCUCAAGUGUCUAUUAACUACCAUGAAGUAUGUGGAGCCAAGUUUCAUGAUCAAAAUUACGAUGGAUUUUGAGAUAUUCGGCCAUGAGAAUGAUUUAUAUAUCUCACAAGAAGAUAUAGUCCAUGUUGGCUUAAUGGAAAAGAUUGGAGCAUCAUGUGUAUCGUUAUAUAUCAGGAUUUUAUACUUCCAAUUAGUGAAAAGAGAGAUCAGUCACUUUUUUCGUUUUGUUGAGCCAAUUUGGUUAUCAAAUGUUGGAUCCACUGAAGAAGAACGAGUUGAAUGGGUAUCAAAGCGUAUGCUUGAUUCAAAUCCGGGUCAGAUGUGGUUGUCGCCAUAUCAUAAGGGAAAGCAUUGGAUGCUGAUAAUAAUUGAUUUUGAUCACCAAUUGUGCUAUUUCCUGGAUUCUCUUCACAAUUUUCCACCAGAUGAAAUCAAAUCUCUCAUUUCUCGUGUCUUUCAACAUUUACGCACAAAUAAUGCAAAAACUAAGGAAGUCGCGUGGAGAACAGUUAAGUGUCCUCGUCAACCAUUACAAUCAGUACAAUGUGGGUUCUAUGUUAUGAGGAUGAUGAAGGACUUCGUGACAAAUGAGUUUUCAAUGCGAUGGCUAACUAGUAAUUGUGGUGGGAAGAACUAUUACACAAAUGAUGAGAUCAAUGAAGUACGUGAAGAAUGGGCACAAUGCGUCAUGGAUUUGAUGAGUACUACAUAGGUCCAUUCACUUUUGUUAACUUAGACUUUUAAUGAUAUAUACUUACAA